AUGGACCCGUUUUCGUGCGACCCAAAAAAUAAACCCGUCGGAAUGACAAAUGAAGUUUUUCAAAAUCUACUUAAGAUCAGCGAAGCUAACAGUUUUAAACAUAAAUACCGUAAAGAAAGCCAAGAAGAGUUCUGGAUGCAGGUAUAUUCAAAAAAUAAUGUUGUUGCCAGGGUUGCUGUGUUUCUCAUCGACUUAUCUCUAAGCGAUUCUUGCAUCAACAACGUCAAGCUUAGCCUGAACUGUACCAAAGACUACAACACCAAUACCAACAACAGUCGUUCGUACCCCUACAUCCACGCCCAGAGUGAACCCUGUCUUAAAAACAAGAACUGCGAUCCUAGCAUAAAAGGCAAGGUUUCCGGCAGUCAAUACGGCAAAAACAACGAUACUUGCAACCAAAAUUACUCCGAUUUAUUCUACCGCAAGAAUCCCUCAAAGUUGUCGCGGACAGCCCGAACCAGUCUCGACAACGUGUCCGUCAAUCCCUGGGGAGGACGGAAUAGUCUUUCAGGCGACAUCGACGAGCACUCCAGUUUGAGAAGGAGUCGGAGUUUGGCCAUCUCCGGAGAGCACUUAUACAGUCGAGAGGAUUUCUAUACAAAUCAGCAGGAAGAGGAGCAGUCGAGUGGCAGAAAGAGGUCGCAAUUGAUACCGAGAGCGAAACUGAUUAAGGAACAUAACAGGUUCAAAAACCUCAGUGCCGAUAAUCUCAACAAGCCUCCAGAGAAACCCGAACGCUUACACAGUAGAAGAAAUUCGGUCCAAACUCUACAAGAACUACGUCCUCAAGAAUCCCUAUACUUCGACAGAUACCGCCAACAACAUAAAAGCGACAAUUUUUAUGCCUACACAUCACUUCAAAACAUCCACGAAAACUCCAACCCACACGACAGCUUGGACUCCAACUUUAACAACAAAAGCUCAGCGGAAAAUAUUUAUACCGUCUCAUACGAAGAUUUGCCCGAGUUAAGUUUGCCCAAUUAUUACCCGGAUGUAAGAUACGACACUGAUAAUACCGACAAUAUAUCCUUGACGGAUAAUAUUUCCUCCCUAUCGCUAGAUAAUAUAAGUAAAUAUAAAGAUAUCAAAUUCGAGAAAAGCGAAUAUGAAAGUAUUUCUUACGACGAAAACAUCGUUCUGACCCCAAAUAAAAAUCUAUACGAAUCCCAAGAGACUAAGCCCCGGACCAUCAGAAACCCCACCCCAUACAACGAGAAUUACGGUACAGUAAACCCUAAAUCAACAAAAAGUUCCGAAGUAGUUACGCAGGACAAGCCAGUCGAAGAAAUCGAUACCAAUUUGGACGAAAUAAACUUAAAUAUAGAAAAUAUAACAAAAAUCGACGAUAAUAUCUCGGACACCCCCAAAGUCGACGUAACUCAUUCGGUUCAAGCUUGUGAAGGGGAAAUAAAAACUCUCUUGGAAGUCCCAGGAGAGGAGAGCGCCAACGAAAAAUAUAAAACAGUUGUAACCGUCGACUCGAUUGAUGAUUCUUGUAAGGAAACUAAAACUCACAGUCACAACUACUUAAGAGAAUUUUUAGAGACCCAAAAGGGCUCUAGAAAGCCUUUACAAAACUUUAUAGCGAAGAAGCUGUCAAACUUGUCGCGAAAAACUUCCAAAACCUCCAAUCUUUCCGAAAAUCAAUUCCACUCUCUACCGGAUAUAACUAUAAGUAAAAAUUUGAGGAAGUGCGAGAAAAUCGAUCGCAAAUUGAGAAAGUGCAACAAAAAUCAAGCCACCGAGGGCUCAAGAGAAAAUAGAUUUAUCGUAAACAUAGGAAGACACUUUGAUAUAACCGCUAACGAUCAUACACCUGUUGAUUUCGAGGUAAAAAUUGCUAAAGUUCCCAAGAAAAUAAAAAAGAACUUAUCCACUGUUCAGACAGAAUCGGAGUUUAUAGAGGCUGUAAAACAACUGAAAGACUCCCUAAACGAAAAUAAUAGCAUCAAUAGAACUAUAGGGACAGACAAAGAAAUGGCACUACUUUAUUGCCAAGACGAAUGCUCCAAAGAAUUACAAGAAAAAAUAGGAACCAUGAAAGACUAUUGGAACAAGAUGAUGGGCAAAGAAAACGACAUAGAAGAAAACGAAGUAGAUAAAUGUAAAGUCGUGGAAAUUACAGCGAAAGUAGAUGAUGUUAGAAAAGUAUUUGAACCCAGUAACGACCCAGCACAAGAACAACCGCCCAAUAAAGUACAGCUUGCUAAACAAAUCUUCGAACCAAAAACACCAGAAGUGAAAUCUGGAAAAAUAUCUCCCAAUAUCAAGGAAUCUUGCAGUUACUUCGAAAACAAAACCAAUAACUUUUACAACGACAAGUACCAAAGUCUGUGUCCUAAUUCUGUAGAAAUUAUUCAUACCAACAACGAUACAACAGACAGUGCUGCUCAUAGAACGCUUAGGCAAUCACACAGCAUCAAUGGAAAGCCGGAAUUUGACCAUGUACGAUACAAACUGGUGAAAUCAGAUCUAUUCCAGAAGAAAAUAUUUGCAAAUUGUGAGAAAGAAAGUGAAUUCGACGACCUUAUCCAAUAUCUCCAAGAUUACAGCUUUCAGGAACUUCUAGUCGACAAUAACAUUGUGAUUAUAGAACCUAUCAGGUCUAAAGUACCAUACGAACCAUCUCCAUGUGUGAAAAACAUGAAGAACGUUACCACUAGUCUUAGAAACCAAGCAACCAACAAUGCAGAUAAUAAAUCUAGUAUGAAUAGAAAAUUCUUUUACCAUCCAAUCAGAGUUAAUAAAGAAGUCAAUGAAGAUGAGUUACCAAGUCCUGAUACUGUUAGGCAAGUAAGACAAUUGUUUGAAAAAGGUACUCUAAAAACAAACAGCCAGAAAACAAAUUCUACCAAAGAAACAGAUACUUGCAGCAUCGAUCCCGAUAAGGAUAGAUGUUCAGCGACCGACACCAACUCACAUCCUUCAAACAUCUCAGAUUUUGGUAGUCAAGAAAAUCUGUACGACUCUAUAGAUAACAAAGAAAUAUACUGUGAGUAUGUCAGCGAAGACAUCUUACAAAAAAUAAGAGACCGUGGUACUACUGUUACGUACUACGGUGGCAGAGUUGUCGAUAAAAAAACUGGACAAUCAGUGCUCACAAAAUCAAUUAUGGACGAAAUCAAAUACAACGAAAAGAGAUGCAUGGAGUGUCCCAACUGUAAAAAGCACGAAAUGGACACGGAAAAAGACGCUUACACUGGAGUAAAGUUCAAGUUGUUAAAAUCCAACAGUUGCAGCAGUCGCUUGGAGCUAGUUGGUACUGAGACAAAGAAGAAAUUUGCAGCAAACAACAAAAAUAUAGGUAAAAAUGUAACGAAUAUUACGAAUACCGACAAAAAUGCUAUCAACGAGAGUAUAAAGAAACAAACUAUGGUCAACAAUAGUCAACCUAAGAUUAUUGGAGAAGAAAUGAAAGUACCGGAGAAUAAAGUGACUCAAUGGAAGGAAAUUAGCGAAAAGAACCAAAAGAUUUACAAUUUUUAUGAGUACGAUAAUACCAAAGAAAAAUCACGGAAGAUAGAAGAUAUGGAAUUUGAACCAUACGAGGUUGCUUAAAAUAUUUACAAUUUGAUAUGAAUGUAUUUGUUAAUAUGUAAGUUGGAAUGCAUUAUUCAUCAAAUUUUCUAUAUAAGAACGUUGCUGAUAAACUCUUGGACAAAAUGAAUAUGCCACUUUAUGAGAAUUGUUCGAGCACUACUCUUUUUUUUAUUUAGAUCUACGUGAAUCGGCCACUAAUGAUUAUUGACACUGGAACUAAA